UAAACGACGACCCUCCAAUUUUCUGCUAUGGCACCUCCAAACGGCGUGAAUGGCGCACACGACGACGCAGACGACAUCGACUACUCCGAUAUUGAAGCAAAAUAUAAGGUCGGGUAUGACGAGGGCUUCGAUAACAUUCUAGUCAUCGGUGGAGUCCCCGUUGUUGACAAGAGUAAGCUUGAGAAGCUACUCGCAAAAAUCUCGAAGGAAUUUGGCAGGAAGGGUGCGCCUCUGAAACCAGAGGAUAUGUUCAUGCCCUGGGACGACAACACCGGCAAAAGCAAAGGAUUCAUCUUUGCCACCUUUAAAAACGCUGAAGAUGCCGCUUACGCCAUGGCAGCCAUGAACGGUUACCCUUUCGAUGCGAAACACACUUUCCACAUCAAUCGCUUCUCUGAUGUUGAAAGAUACGCGAACUUGGACGAGACCUGGGUUGAGCCAGAACCCGAAACUUACAAACCCAAGGAGCAUCUGCGUGCAUGGCUCGGCGACCUGCAGGGUCGCGACCAAUAUGCUACGUACCGUGGAGACGAAGUAGAAGUACACUGGCACGGCAAGCCAUCGCAGUGCGAGAUUGCUCACCAGCGCAACGUGAGCGAUAUUGGCCUCUAUGUUUUGCUCCGUCGUUCAAUAAUCACUUCGCAGGGCUGGACAGAUCUCUAUGUCUCUUGGUCACCUCUUGGCACCUACUUUGCCUCCCUUCACAGACAAGGUGUUCGUCUCUGGGGCGGCCCAUCAUGGGAGGCCCAACACCGCUUUGCCCAUCCUUUUGUCAAGCUCAUUGACUUCUCACCUAACGAGAACUACCUCGUUACAUGGUCCCACGACCCGAUACACGUUCCCGAAGGUGCUCAGCAGGGACCGCAAUACUUCUCGCCUGAAGACGAGGGCAGCAAUAUCGCCGUCUGGGACCUCAAGACCGGCAACCUCCUCCGUACCUUCCCGUCUGCCAUGCCCGAGAACGAGGACGGCGUGAAGCGACAGAUGCAAUGGCCUGCGUUGAAGUGGAGCGCGGACGAUCAGUUCGUCGGCCGUGUCACACCCGGUCAACAUAUAUCUGUGUACGAGCUCCCGUCCAUGCGCUUGCAUGACAAGAAGAGCAUCAAGAUUGAAGGCGUCAUCGACUUUGAGUGGUGCCCGCACGGCGAUAAGGACCGCGAGGAGGCUGAGAAGGCUGAGAAAACUGGCAAGAAACCCAAGGAGAACCUGCUCGCGUAUUGGACUCCCGAGGUCGCGAACCAGCCCGCGCGUGUCACCGUUAUCAACUUCCCCAGUCGAAGCAUUCUUCGGCAAAAGAACCUUUUCAAUGUCUCUGAGUGUAAGCUCUACUGGCAGAGCCAGGGCGACUUCCUCUGUGUCAAGGUUGAUCGCCAUACGAAGACUAAGAAAUCGAUUUUCUGCAACCUUGAGAUCUUUCGUGUUAGGGAGAAGGACUUCCCUGUUGAGGUCGUCGAGCUCAAAGAUGCUGUCACCGACUUCUCAUGGGAGCCCAAGGGAGAGCGUUUCGCCAUCAUUUCCAGCAGCGACCCUAACCUCGGUAACCCUGGUCCUGGUGCCAACAUUAAGACCGACGUUAGCUUCUACCAGCUUGUCCGCGGGAAAGGCGACUUUAAGUUGCUCCGUACGUCGUCGAACCGGACCAGUAACACUAUCCGCUGGUCACCAAAGGGCCGCCAUGUUGUCCUCGGCACGGUCGGCUCGACUUCGAAGUCGGAGCUGGAGUUCUGGGACUUGGAUUUCAACAUCGACGAAAAACGCGAGGGCGCGAAGGAGGAGUGGGGUGCUGGUAUCCAACACUUGGGCACAGCCGACCACUACGCGUUAACCGAUGCUGAGUGGGACCCCUCUGGCCGUUACCUCGCUACCAGUGCAAGUGCCUGGAGACAUACUAUUGAGAACGGCUACGCCAUCUGGGACUUCCGCGGUCAAGAGCUCGAGAAGCACAUUCUUGACCGCUUCAAGCAGUUCCUUUGGCGGCCGCGGCCACGGACACUGCUCACUAAGGAUCAGCAACGCCAGAUCCGCCGCAAUCUUAAGGAGUACAGCCGGCAGUUCGACGAAGAAGAUGCCGUGGAGGAGAGCAAUAUCAGUGCAGAGCUUAUCGCGCACCGGAAGCGUCUCGUCGACGAGUGGAACGCGUGGCGCGUCAAGGUUAAGGAAGAGGUUGCCGAGGAACGCAGGAAGCGGGGCAAGAAGGAGCCUAAGGCCAAGGAUUCUCAGGAGGAGGAGAAGGAGGAGAUUGAAGUCUGGGUCGACGAGGUUAUAGAACAGAUCGAAGAGGAGAUCGUCGAGUAAACCCAUGAUUCACGCCUGUGUUACGUUUCGGCCUUUUCUCCGUGCUGUAUUCAUCUCCAUGUUGUAUCCCCAGAUCAUUCCCUCACGCGUUGUGUACCGCUGGUGAUAUACUGUACAUAUAUCAACCUUCGAAUUUUUGGGCUGCCUGAGGUUAGGGUUAGC